AUGGCAGAUACAUCACGACGCCAGAUUGUCCUGUGUUUUGAUGGCACAGGAAACACAUUCCGUGCUGAUGGCACGGAGACGAAUAUCCUCAAGAUUUGUCGAAUGUUGGAACGAACGGAUGAGCAAUCGGGCAUUGGCACCGAGAUAACGCCCGGCUCACUCGCAGCAAUGACGCUAAAGAAAAGCAGCCGCCUGGGCAAGAGCAAAACACUGAGCCAGGCGUUGGGAAAGUCAUUCGACCAGCACGUCCUCGGCGGCUACCGGUUCCUCAUGCGUCACUACCGAACAGGGGCCGAGAUCUACAUUUUCGGCUUCUCUCGCGGCGCCUAUACAGCUCUUUUCCUGGCCAACAUGCUGGAUUGCGCUGGUCUGCUGGGUCCGGACAACGAAGAGAUGAUCCCCUUUAUCUGGGAUGCCUUUUCGAAGUGGAAGCUGACCCGAUAUCUAAAGACUGGGCAGCGCGGCCAAGCGUUUGACUUCCUCCUUCACUGUCGGGAAACACUAUGCCGCCCGAUUGUCAGGGCUCGCUUCGUGGGCUUGUUUGAUACCGUCAACAGCAUUGCAGACUUUGAGAUCCAUAAUGAUAUGAGCUCCUCGGCUCUGAUGACGCGCCAUGCGGUGAGUAUCGAUGAACGCAGAUCCAAAUUUGAACCUGUUGUGUUGCGCCCUAGAAAUGCAGACAAGCCUCGAGCGGUCCGUCACAACCGGCGUACGGAGGAUUCCUCUUCCCCAGAGUCUCCGGGAGAAGCCUCCAGUUCAGCGGAUGAUCGUGCUGCAGCUCAUGUCACCCAUGUGACCGAGGACGAGGAUGAUGAUGAUGCAAUUUGUGAUGUGCAAGAGGUGUGGUUCCCUGGCGGCCAUGCAGACAUCGGUGGGGGAUAUCAGCGCGCGCCAACAGAGAAGAAAUACCAGCUCAGCCAUGCGCCGCUGGUCUGGAUGGUCCAAGAGGCAUCUCGGUGCGGACUGCGGUUCGAUCCGGACAGGCUCAGAAGCGAGGGGUGCCUCCCCGAUCCGGAGUCGCCCGAUGUGUUCUACAAGGAUCUUGAUGAAUCCAUCACGACAGGCCAGCUGCAUGAUCGUCUUGAGUUUGGGCCCGGGAUGUCCGUCCCCUCCGUGCUGGCGUGGCGAAUCAUGGAGUAUCUGCCAAUUCGCCGGGCGGAGAGACAGCUAAAUGGGACGUGGAUGCCCAUCCACUGGCCGCUGCAUCGCGGGAGGUGUCGGGAGAUGCAGCCUAGUGAUGUGGUCCAUGUCUCUGCUUUGCGUCGGAUGGAGGCAAAUCCCGCCUAUCGUCCGGUCAGACUCAUAGCUGGAGGUUGGAAGAAUGUUCCAAAAACACCUGCAGCGUAUGGGCGCGGCGAAUUUGUGAUCCAUGAGCAUGAAGGGGAUCCGGUGCGACAGACAUAUAUCAGAAAACAGCCCACAGUGCCAGGCAAGACGGAAUAA